AUGGGAUGUGCACCUUCAGCAGACGAUUACCAACCACACAGCUAUAAUCACCACGACUCCGGGUACCCUAGGUCUUACUCCAGAGACCCGAGGCCCCCUCCGAGAGACCCCAGACCUCCUCCGAGAGACCCGAGACCCCCUCCAAGAGACCCCAGACCGACCCCUACACAACCUACAGCUCAUAGCGAAGGAGACUCAACAAACUAUGUCCGUGAUCAAAUCACGGGAUUGCACGAGGUUCAGCUGGACUUCCGAGUUAGAGCGAACCAGAGGCAUCAAUGGCGGGAUCCCACACGCCAGGGCGUCCUGUACACAGAUCAGGAAUUUCCUCUGCACGUUGCUAUUGAGGAAUACCGGAGCAGUCAGAUAGAGUGGAAGAGGCCAAGGGAGUUUUGUGAUUAUCCAGUGCUAUUUGCCGAUGGGACAACCCGUUUUGAUAUCGGACAAGGAUCUGCGGGAACAUGCUGGUUCCUGUCUAUGGUCGCCAACCUGGCAGAGAAUGAAGAUUUUAUACACAGGGUUGUUCCGUUAGACGCGUGGGAUCCGGACACGGGCGUGUUCAAGUGCAGGUUCUACCACUUUGGUCAAUGGGACACGAUCUACACGGACGACUUCCUGCCUAUUGUGUAUGGAACCACGCUGUGGGGAGCGAAAUCUGCGUCAGACAAAACGGAGAUGUGGGUGGCGUUGCUGGAGAAAGGAUUCGCAAGGCUCCACGGUUCUUACAAUGCCAUAUACGGUGGACAGGCCAGUGACGCGUAUCUCGCAAUGACUGGAGGGGUGGCCGAGCGAGUGGACUUCGACGAACAGAGACCAGAGCCAGUGCACUUGUACAACCGAGUUAGAAACGCUCUACAGACUGGGGCGUUGGUGUCAUGCACUGUUCCGGAGGAAUACGAUAAUUAUGCAGGAUUGGUUGGCGCUCAUGCAUAUUCAUUAAACGGCACUGGAAUGGUUCAAACAAGAGAUGGUAGAGAAAUUCGUCUCAUGAGAGUGAGGAAUCCUUGGGGUCGUCACGAAUGGACAGGACCUUGGAGUGACGGGAGUCGAGAAUGGGAUUCCGUGGUUCGGAAGACGGUGGAGAACCCGAACAAGGAUGAUGGGGAGUUCUGGAUCAGCCUCGACGACUUCAUGACCUACUUUUCGCAGACGACCAUUUGUAGUCUGACCCCGGAUGUUGAUUCCGAUGGUCGUGCGGAUUCCUUAACUUAUGUCACCUAUAUCUACGGGGAGUGGACGGGGGAGAAGGCGGCGGGCUUUGAAAACAAGCUAGAAAACCCCCGCUUUGUUUUCACCAUGCCAAACCAAGGUUUGGCUGGAGACGGUUACACACCAGUAGUUGUACAGACAAUCCAGCGAACAAAACACCGCAAGGAGGACAGGUUCAGUAUCAGAAGUGACUUGUUUAAGAUCAUAGGAAAAGGCGGCACAAGACAACCGUCGUACAACGUAGAAAUCCUGGGUGACAACACGUCCGUGUACACGGCCGAGAUCCAGGUGUCGCACCGUCACCGCAUCCACCCCGGCGACUACAUCAUCAUCCCGUCAACCAUCAGGAGCGGAGAGGAGAAGGAGUUUCUCAUCCGGGUCUUCACACCUUGCCCCAUAACAGACAUCAGAGAACUGGACAGUGGCACCGAGUUGAGAGCCUGUGAAGAAGAGAAAUAUCUUGAAUACAACCAUCACAAAUAUCCACUCACUCGCACAAUUUCUCUGUUCGGAGAGUGGAUUGUCAGAGUGAACGCUGGAGGCCAGGUUUCCCAUCAAAAUACAUUUGCUAGUAAUCCACAGUUCGCGUUCAGUAUCAGAGGCAGAGAGGAACCAGUGGUGUUUCACGUGAUGCAAGACACGGAUCAUAAAUACCCAGUUGGAAUCAGAGUCUUCCCACUAAAACUCUCGCCCGCCUGGUUAGCACAAUCAUGA